AUGUCCAAAGUUCUCGCAGAUCAGGUCGUCGCGGUGAGCGGUACCUUUCCAAACUACAAACACGGAGACUUAAAGGACCUCGUUGAGCAGCUCGGCGGAACAUUCAGCACCAAAGUGAGCGAUGCGUGCACACAUCUCGUUACUACUACGGAUGCACACCCGACGGACAAGCAGGCUAUUGCCCUAGGAGGCGAUAUCCAGAUCGUGACGCUGGAUUGGCUGCAAGACUCGCAUAGCAACAAGAAGCGCGCAGACGAGAGCUCUUACAGCAUUGCAUCAUCCCUCACUGGCAAGGCUCCGGCGCCUAAUGCUGCUGCUCCUCGGAGGUCCGGCCGAGCAACCCAGUCCCAAUCCCAGUCCCAGGCUCAGUCGCAACCUCAGUCGCAGCCUCAGUCACAGCCUGCAAAGGCCAAUUCGAGGAGUAAGCGGCCGCUCAAGGGCAAGAAAGACGACGAUGAUGCCGACGAUGCCGACGAUGCGGCUGACGAACCGCCGGCGAAGAAGAAGAAGGCCGCAGUAGCUGAUACCAAGACCAAGGCCAAUGCUAAGGCCAAAGGUAGCAAAGCUGUCAAGAAAGAUGACAAAGUUAAGGACGAAGAGGACGCCGAGGAGGAAGAGGAUGAAAAGGAUGACUCUGCAGCUUUGGUUGUUCCAGUUGAUGACUAUGUUCCACAGAAAGAUAAAUAUAAAGUGUGGCAGGAUCAGGGCGUCAUCUUCGAUGCGGCGCUGAACCGGACCGAUUCCGGUGCCAACAACAACAAAUUUUAUAUCAUCCAGUUACUUGAAGGGCCAACCCCUGGAAAGUUCGUCGCCUGGACUCGAUGGGGUAGAGUUGGAGAAAACGGCCAAAUGGGUCCCUCAAGCCCCCUUGACUUUAAACAGGCGAUGAGCAAUUUCGAGAAAAAGUUCAAGGAUAAGAGUGGCCUGAGCUGGGAAAAAAGGAAUGACUCUCCCAAAUCUAACAAAUAUACCUACGUGGAACGGAAUUACGAGGAAGAUGACCCCGAUAAGAAGCCAAAGAAAGAGAAGAAGGCUAAGAGUGACGAACCAAAGAAGGAGGUCAAGAAGGCAGACAGUACUUUGCACGAGGCCGUGCAGAGCCUCGUCGCAUUGAUCUUCAACCAGAGUUUCUUCAAUGCCACCAUGGUCGAGAUGGCCUAUGAUGCGAAUAAGCUACCUUUGGGGAAACUAAGCAAGCGGACGCUUCUGCGAGGUUUCGAGGUCCUAAAGCAGUUAGAUGUCAUCAUCAACGACGCUACCAAGCUUUCUGGUGCCCACAGAGAAGUUGAACAGCUGAGCAACCAGUAUUUCAGCAUUAUUCCUCACGCUUUCGGCAGGCAGCGACCACCCGUGCUCAGAGCGCCACAAUUGAUCAAGAGAGAGGUCGAGUUGCUUGAAGCUCUGUCUGACAUGGAGAUUAGUAGCAAGAUCAUGAGUGCUUCUGAGGAGGAGGAAGAUACCGAUCCUAUUCAUCAUCUGGAUAGACAGUUCCUUGGUCUCGGCCUUGAUGAGAUGACGCCUCUUGAUUGUGUCUCAACUGAGUACAAGGAGUUGGAAACUUACCUUACUCGAUCACACGGCGCAACUCAUAGUGUUAGAUACAACCUACGCAACAUCUUCCGAGUUGAGCGUACCGGAGAAGCAGAACGCUACAAGAAAUCCCCGUAUGCCAAUUUGCCAAACAGCAACCGUCGUCUGCUGUGGCAUGGCUCCCGUACUACCAAUUACGGUGGUAUCCUCAGCCAGGGUCUCCGAAUCGCUCCCCCAGAAGCACCUGUUACCGGAUACAUGUUCGGAAAAGGUGUUUACUUUGCUGAUGUCUCUAGUAAAUCCGCCAACUACUGUUACCACACUCUCAGUAAUAACAUUGGCUUACUUAUGCUUUGCGAUGUCGAGUUGGGUGAUCCCAUGCAUGAGCUGGCGGAUUCCGAUUAUAAUGCUGCUGAAGCUGUCAAGAAGGCUGGAAAACUAGCCACCUUGGGUCUAGGAAGAGCCAUCCCUAGCGGAUGGAAAGAUGCUGGAUGCGUUCAUAAAGAUCUGGCUGGGGUGAUGAUACCAGACUGUUCUAACCCGUUGGGCCAGAAUACUGCAAGCAAUGUGUGGCUUCAGUACAACGAAUAUAUCGUGUACGACGUGGCACAGAUACGGAUCAAGUAUUUGCUUGAAGUUGACAUGCGAUGA